AUGUACAUACACAGAAAUACACACGCACAGACACAUGUACAUAUAUACACGGACACAUGUACACACAGACACAUGUACGUACAUACACACAAACACACACACAGACACAUGUACACACACACAGACACAUGUACAGAUACACACAUGUACAUACACACAGACACAUGUACAAUUGUACAUGCAUACACACAUGUACAAAACACACACACACAUGUACACGUACACCCACCCCCCCAUAAAACGUUGCAGUACUUCGUUGUUCACUCACAGAGCCGGGUACUGCACUCUAGGGGGAGUCAGAGAGCACAGACACACACUCCUUGCUUUGCUUUCACUGCGCUCAGCUAUUGAGCAGUCUGACGGCUCCCAGUGCCAAUGACAGAUCCGGCCUGACCUCCAAGCCUGCUCAGCAAGACGGCCCUGGGGGACACACUCCCCCCCAUAGUUUCCACUCGCCAUUGGCGAGCAGGCGAGUAGAAAUUUCAAGCCCUGCUCUACAUG